AAGGUGCCCUGGCCAGGGAUCAGCCCCUGCCCAGCUCCAAUCAGUCCCACGAUGAAGGUUCUCCUCGUGCUCCUGCUGGGAGCCCUCCUGUGCCUGCGCUCAGGUUCCUCUCUGCAAUGUUACAGCUGCAAGUCCCAGCUCAGCAACUCCAAGUGUAUGACCAAGAUGACGUGCGGUGCCAAGGACACGACUUGCAAGACAGAUGUGAUCCGGGUCGUGGGGCUCUUCAGCAUCAUCAGCAAGGGCUGUGACUCGUCCUGUGAAAGCUCCUACCAGGACUUCAACGUGGGCAACAGGAACGUGUCCUGCUGCAGCAGCGACUUCUGCAACGCCAACGCCGCGGGCUCCGUCAGGUCCAGCUACGGGAUGGCAGGAGGGGUAGCAGCUGGCCUGCUCUGCCUCUUCCUGAACAACAAGCUGUGAGGAGCCAAGAGGCCUCCCACGAGCA